AUGUCAAGUGUGCGUUGAGUUGAACAAACGGAUAUGAUGCAUGCUGUUCAUUUUUCAUUGCUAAAUAACGAAAACAAUAUUAGCAAUUUACACGUUUUAAGUUUAAAUUGACAGUGAAGAUAAGCAAAUGCAGAAUUGAAGAUAUGAAUAAUGGAAUUGAAGAAAAGGAGGUUAUUUCCGUCGAAAGAGGCAAACACAUGGGUACAUCAAGAACUACAGAGAGUGAAAAACACAACUGUAUGCAAGAUACUGAUCACGAUGAAAAGCAUUCUUCCAGUUCAAAGAAUAAAACAGCAGAAAGCUCAUUUGAGGAAUUCAACGCGGAUAUUUCAAAUGUAGGAACGGAAAAAUCAGAAUUGAAGACAGUACAGUGGCUUCAUGGAAACAUAAAAACACAGUACAUCGUAAACGAAGGCUUUCAACACGUAUUUAUAAUGGAUUCAACCUCUUCAACACUGAAACUAAGAAAUUGUGAUCAACUUCUUUAUAUAUACGACGAAGAUCUUACAUUAAUGCCUCAUAAUGAAGUCUUGGAGCUCUUAGAAAAAAUACCUUUAAAUGAAAAUGUAACGAUGAUUUAUUGGAGACCCUCGUCGAACCACGUAACAGACGUUAUCUUUUCUUUAUACUUAUCUGAAAAAACGAUUGAAGCACGUUUUUUGGUGAUCCCUGAUUGGACCAGGAUUAAGGAGCGCACGGUUGUUUUAAAUAAAUCUGGAACAGAUAUAUUUAUGCAGCACUUGGCAAAACCCAGUAAUAACAUCGUUUUUGAAAGACUCGAAUCCUGGCAACCACACAAAAAGCCGUGCGAUUUUCCCACAUGUUGUUUUAUGGAGAAGACAACUAUUUCUAUUGGGUUCAAUUGCAUCAUCAUGAUCAGGCGCUAUUCAACAAAAUCUAAAAACGACGAAAUGAAAUAUCUUCACGUAACAGAUGACGGCGACCUAAACCUUCUUGAUGAAUUCAGCCAAUCAUCAGACUUCAAAUUGAUUCCUGCUCGCUACGGCGCAUUUAUCGUACUGAAUGAAAUAUCACCAAAUCGAUGUUUGAAAGUAGAAGAAGACAAAGGUCAAUUUGUCGGUGUAAACUACGAAACUGUCGACAAAAUUGGGGAUGAUUUUAGAUUUCAAUUAUCUAAAUGUGAAAACAAAUGUAAUUUCAAACGUUCGUUUUAAACAUUGUGUGAUUGAUUAUCUAAAAUUAGAUAUGCAGAUAGUUCAUUCAUCUCUGGUUCUCGUACGUGCGUUUGUUACGAUCACAAAUUCUGAUAUUUUUACAACCGGCAGGAGUUAUAAAGAGGUACCUGCUCUAACUUAAAAUGUUCAUUAAACUUUUAAUUCUUUAAAAUAUAAUUAAGUUUAUUUGCAUUUCAAAUAUAUCUUUAUUAACUCAACUUCAAUAAAUAUGUAGAGCUCCAAUAAAAAUACGUAAAACUGCA